UAUAACAACAUGUUACAACGAGAGUUGACUGUACAGGUACAUGGUACGAUACUUCAUACAGUUUAUGCAUGCAAUGUCACUAAAAAAUUAGCAGUUUUUAUUUUGUACAGUUAGUAACCGUUUAAGGGUUUACAUGUAACUGCAUAUUUUAUUGUAUAAAAACAAUCUAGCAACAGCUAAAUCAAAGAUUCAUGUACACAAGUAUAAUUUAUCCGAAUGGAACUGACAAUGGCCACUUAAUCAGAUCUGUAUUUGUUCAGUUGUGUCUGAAAACAGAACAGGUCAAUCAGAAAAAGUACCUCAAAAUGACUGACAAGUGCAUGCACCAACUCAUUUGCAUUGCCAAGAUGGUACGGGCAAAUUGCUCCGGAUUUGCUCCAAUCUUAAAGCAAUGCCGAUCUUGAAAUUGCCCUGGACUAGCCAGCUUGUCUCAUCGGCCAUAUGGGUUUCCCAUACUGAAUGGUGCUUCAAGAAGCAGACACUGGAAUCAAAGACAUCAGGGUGACGACCACAUAAACCCAUGUUAAAGGGUCUGAUGCACAUCCAUAUGUAUGCAAAAACACACAUAUACAUGUACAAUGUACAUGCCUAUACAUACAGUACUCAUAAAUAUGGGUAGGCCUUCAGCGCAUUAAGGGGCAAAUUUCUUUUGUUUUGAGCAACGUUGCAGGGCCAUUUCUCUGUCCAAAACUUGUCGGCCCCCAUAAAAUGUAACGACAAGAGUAUGUCCCCACAACUACCGGUACAGAACAAGUCCAUGUACUGGUAAAUGUGCACAAGUAUAUUGUACACACAUGAACGUGGACGCACACACGUACAUGUACAUGCUCCGUGGUUCUGGGAACAAACACAUGACACUUCACUCAUUUUGUGUGGACCAAAAACAUUAUGUGGACAGAGAAAUGUCCCCACAACUCCGUCCUAAUUUGCCAAACAAAAGACACUGUGCCCUUAUCCCAGUGAAGGCCUACCCAUCAUGUUUAUAGUGUACAUACAAACAUGUUUACUGUAAAGACCACAAACAAAGUACUGCUCCUACUUUUUUGUAAUGUACAUGUCACAUUAACUUGGUCCACAUUUUUCCAACAAUCCUAAUCUUUACAACAUUGUGAAAAUUCUGACAAGGCGUGUUAAACAGUGUUCAAACAAAAAAUCUGUUGAAAAACAUGUAGACAUUCACUUGGCGCAUCUAGAGAACGGGCCAAAAAACAAAAUCCUACAUAAAAAUUUAGGUGUGAGAAUUAUGACAUGUACUAAAUUAAAAAAGAAUGGUAAGCUCUUGGCCAUUACUGAAAAGGAGGGGACCCUGCAGGAGGUUUUUUUUUUUACAAUUUCCAAUUUUAGCAGCUUCUCGGGGUUGUACUGAUAUAUAAUUAGUGGUUUUCAAAGUGAGUCAACACUACUUAACUACCGGUAGCAUCCAAGUGUCAACCGCAAGGACUAAAAUACAUGUAUGCCAAUCAAAAUCAAAUCCUGUGUUUUCUCUCAAAAUAUUACCCUCUCUUUAAGAGAUUUGAAGGUGCACUCUGAUUUCUGGCCAAACCACUGCAAUAACAGUAUCGAGUGGCUCGGUAUUCAUACGCACGUACACCUACACAAAAAUGACAGUUCCUCUUCAAUUUGUCCAAGGAAAGGCAAUGAGGCAAAUAAAAAAGAAAGAAAGGCGGAAUCCAAUAUAGAGUCUCUACAGAUUCUGCGUAACUUGACACCGGGGGGAGGGGUGUGGUGUAGCACUGUGUGGUAAUAAAUAGGUCACCUACGCAUUGUGCACACAAAAAAAUAUCCCUUGACAUACAGCUCUAUACUGAGCGGGUUUCAGCGACAGGUUUUGCACUUGGCAUAUUCUUGCCAUUUCUCCAUCCGUUGCAGCCCCAUCUCUAGUUACAGACAAAGAUCUCUCUUCUAUCUCUGUCUUUUUCCAUUCUUGACUCCCCCCUCUUCCCUAUGCUGAUUCUUUCCUUGAAACACUUCUGCAUGCACAGUUGGCUAAUAUUUGUGCAGGGAACUUGUGUCGGUACCCCAUGAGGCUACAUCCACCAGCAGGCGUACGCCGGGUUGCUUGAGACGAAACUGGAGACACAGGAAGGACGACAUCAAUUUUCCGUGUUAGGUGGGCUGAGACGGUGAAGUGAAGAUUUUGAGGCUUGGCCGAGGAACAAAAAAAGUUUUGAAAGAAGACAUGUUGAUCCCGCGGUUGGUGCGGCGGCGCAAGACGUGGCUGUUCUGCAUUCUGGCCCUUGCCUGCGUCUGCUUUUUCUUCCAGUUCAUGGGCCUGCACAUCCUCAGCUCGGGUGCCAGCCAGAAGGAGCAGUCGUGGUACCAGCGGAACAAACCCCACGCUCAGGCCCGGCCGAUUAUCAUCGGGGUCCGGCCCAGCGACCUACCCCUCUACCAGCCGGACGUGUUCGGCCGCGUCUUCUGCCUGGACUUCUCCGGCAAAAUACCAUUGUCCAAGGUGAAUGAUGAUUACUGUGACUGUCCGGGCGAUGGGUCAGAUGAACCAGGAACUGAUGCCUGUCCCAAUGGAAGAUUUUACUGCCUUCAUGAGAAGCGGUUCAUCCCAUCCGGGAAAGUGAAUGAUGGGAUGUGCGAUUGCUGCGAUGGAAGCGAAGAAUGGAACCAAACAGUCAGCUUACAGAAAGUCAAAGAUCUUCCUGAGAGCAAGCAUGUGAGGCAUGCUCCAUGCAGCAACGCCUGCCCUGGGAUCUCCGAUCGGAUCGUUGAAGAGGAGGGUCUGAAGCGGCUGGGUGCACGCUUGAAGCGGCAGUACCUCCUGGCUGGCAAGGACCACAAAAGGGAUAUCUAUGGUGAGAAUGGGGAAUACCACCUAUUAAGCCGGACAUGUUAUAACCAUUUUGAGGAUCACGCCCACUACACCGUGUGCCCAUUCAGGCACAUUGUCCAGGAGAAGGGCGACCACUCAUUCUUCAUUGGCAAGCAGCCGGUCUGGAGCGAGGAAGCCAAAGCUGAUGGGAAUGACAUCCUGGUCAUGCAGGACGGCGACAAGAGGAGUUGUCCUAACGAUACCAAAAGAAAGACAUAUCUUCAUUUUGUGUGUGGACUGAGAGACGAAGUCGUCAGUGUUAGGGAAACUGAGAAAUGCAUUUAUUCCUUAAGGUUCUUGACUCCAGCUGCAUGCUGAGAUUGGGACGAUAGCUGCAGAAAUAAUCUCAGGCUUCGAGAAGUUGCAAAAGGUGGCUCACCUACUCCGAACUAUUGCAGCAGAGUGAGGCAGGAAUACAGACCAAAUAACAAUUCAUCUGGAGACCGGACUUCAAUUUAUACUUGAUUUUAAAGACAUUCAGCAUCGCCACCCUUUCUGAAAUUGUACGUGUGGUGUCAGGUAUGUGCCUGCACAGUAGACAUGUACGUUCACCGUAGAUUGACACUUGGGAAAACAGUGCCUAUUUGUGCACAUCUUGAUGCUGGAAUGUGAUGACCCAGCAUCGGACAUCGUAGUGCCAACUUUGUGCUGGCUAAUAUCAGACCCUACAUCUGAGUGUAUGUCUGCAAAAACUGGUUGAGCAUGGAGUACCUCGCGCAUCUGUGACAAGUGACUGCAUGUACUAGCCAAUGGCUCCCCUGCAUUGACGUUCCUCUGCUUACGCUGCACAGCCACCACCUACUAAGCUAAUCCUGCCCCGUUCCUACUCCCCUGGGCAUCAGGCGGUCACAACUAAAGCUUUGUGAAGACAAGCUUAGGCAACUGAUGUCUAAGAUAUCUACGUAGUUUGGACUACCCAGAUUGGGGAACGGGCAUCACACUUUUCGGUUGUUGCCAAGUAAUUUGGAUGCCUUAGAGGCCAUGAUGACUUACAGUUGACAAGCAGCUGCCAUUGCUUGAAACCAGAAGCAAUGGAACUGCCCGCUCUUGGCCAACAGUAGGAAGUUUACAUGUAUUGGAGGAGAUGCAAAGUUGAAAGAAAGAAUGAUGGAAACCACAUAAGUAACAGAUCUUACAUGGGAGGUGAAGUUAACUGUUUAUUUCAAGUGAAUUUUGUCACUUGGAUGUGUUCAAACUGCAUUUAUGGUGCCGUUGUUUGUAAACAGGGAUUGAAGAAGUAUAGUUUUUAUUCUACGCAGGUUUGGAUGAGAAACCUAAACCUUGUUAAAGGCUUAAAAGUUUUAGGGGGCAGGAAAAUAAUCCAGUUUUGAGGAACUUAUUCUCAGUAGGGGAAGGGGAUAAAAUUGAAGAGGGACAUUUAAGAAUGGUUAAUUUAUGCCGGCCAGAGUACUGAACAAGAGGGAGGUAGCGUAUUUUCACAAGAGCUAAGUUUCCAUCGUCUGUUUUCAAUCAUCUCCCUCCAGAUUUACCCACAGUGUAUUCCACUUCAUUGGUGUGUGAUGGGCAGCAUGUGCUAUUAACAUGAUGAGUGAUAAAUCUUUUGUAAAAUUUGGGGCUUACAUUUCAAAGAGUUUGGAGAAAAAGCAUUCAACACACCCAGCCCACAACUCUAUUUAGUUUAACCUGGAAAGACGCGGUUCCACCUUGAAAGAGUAAGAACUUUAGUUUGUUAAUACUGUACUUUCUCGAGGGGAAAUCGGUUCUGCCCUGUUAGGACAUCAGUUGAGUACAUUUAUGGGGAAUAUACAUUGUAGGCUGGACCCAUUUUUGUGGUAGUUUAGUAGUCACAAUCACGUGAUGGCCUCUACAUGAGCACUGAGUUGUAUAAGGGCAGUCAGUGAUGAGGUUCACAUUUUCCGCCCACUUGAAAAUACACAUAACAGUAUGUUUGAGGAUAGUACAUGUGCAUGAAAAUUGAAAUGCUUUUUUUCGAAUAAUGUGUUAAAUUUAACAUUUGCCAGCAGCAAAACUGUUGUUUCUUUUGGAGACCACAAAAAAUCUGUCGCAGUAAAACCACAGACAAUAUAAAAGAAAGGGGUGGAUUUCAACCCUCUCCCCCGGUUUUCAGGGUAAGAUCUGAUUUUUAAAUUAGUGCCUUGCUUAUAUCUUGUUAAAUGCUAAUUCAGUCAAAUAUCUCAAUGUACACAAUUUGGGUUGAUUGUUCUAGGGAGUUUUUAUUUUCUCUUUCAGUAGUGUGAAAAGAACUUCAACAUGUAAUCUGCAUACAUGUCGUACUCACGAAUGGUGUGAUCAAUUAUCAUUGUCUCUUAUGUUAAGGGUACAUGUAUUUUACAUGGUUGACUAGAUAGCUCACAAAAUUGCUGAGACCUGCAUGUAUUUCUUACAUGUAUUCCUGAAAAAUUGUGAGAAUCCAUAUUUUGACAGAACUUCUCUGCCAAGUGUCAGAAAUGUUUUGUGUUGUAAAUAACUAGUUCUAAGCUUUAAAUAUUUUAAAAGUAUUUUUCAAAGUUCCAAUUUAUCAAAAUUUUAAACUCUUAUUACAAUCCUUGCACUGUCAACAUGUGAUCAGGGUUUGUAUUCUUUUUUUUGGUCAAGUCUCAUUAAAAUUCUGGUAAAUAUUUGGAUUUAGCAGAGGGGACAAGACUUCUACAUAAUCAUAUAUGCUUAUUUGUAAUCAUAGUUUGUUCAGACUUAUGGUAUUCAAAACAAUUGCAUCAAAGCAACUCUGGUCUGCAUUACCACAUAUGGUAUGUGCAUUCACUGCCAACAUUGUAAAGUGGCCGUUGUGGGAAGCAGGUUAGCAACUAUAUUUGCAAUAAUGCAAGGUACAUGUACCUGUAAUUAUACAACUCAUCAAGGAAUGUGGGAUGUCAUACAUGUUGCAUAUUUGUCAGUACUGUACGUUCAUGUGCAUCAGGUCAGGUUGAACAGGCUAAACUUACCUGACACACUGAUGACAUAAAUUGAGAUCCAUCAAAAUACAUGUAGAUCCGAACUAUCCGAAGUCACCUCACAAAAAUUAAACAACCCACCCGAAAUCUAAUCAACCUGAAAAAAGCUGAAUGAGAUAAACUGUCCAUCAAUUUAUCCACUUCCUGUGCCUCAACUUACCCUGUUGCUUGUAUGCUUUUGGGAAAACUAUUUUGAGAACUCAAAAAUGUUGCUGUGUAUCUCGGUUACAGGGGCAAAAAAUCAUGCAUCUUGGGCAGUUGGACACGGCAGUAAUAAUGCUCCAUGUGUCCACACUAUUUCGUUUUUUGAGUUUAUUUUGGAUUUUAUAAGCGUGAUCAAGACGGCUUAACUGAGUUGGCCCGACCAGAAAAUCACAGCUGCAACACUCAAACCAUCUAACCUGACCGAAGAAGUCAAACACUGCAGCAUUUCUGUACUUCGGAUAGUCAAAACAAAUGUGAUGAAUUUCCGUGCUCGAGGCAGACUUUGCUUGGCACCUAUUAAUGAUGGACAUUAGCAGUACACACACACGUAACUGUACACUGCAAUUGUAUUGAAGUUCUCCUUGUACUGCAAAGCAUAUUUUUUGUAAUAUGAGCUUGUUUCUGUAAUAUGUGUAUUUGAUGGGAUGUUUAUAUACAGUUUGAUAUUUAUGUGUCGGCAGAUUUUUUGUAAGUUUGGUACUAUGUAGAUGUACUCAUUUUGAGCCCUAUUGAAUAAUAAGCAAGACAAUAAAACCCAAUUAUGUUAUAUUA